AUGUGUGAAGUGGUGGCCAAAAGUGUGAUGUCUUCGCGACCGGAAGUGCUAUCGUUUUACAAACAAGUCAUCCGUUUAUCGAAGGCAUGGAAAGCGAAGAAUGAAUUGAAGACAAGCGAAGAGCGGAUCUAUAUUAGGACUGAAGCCAAACGACUCAUCGAUGGCAACAAACACUUGACUGAAGACAAGGAGAUCAGGAAAUGCAUCGCCGAUGGGAUGAGACGACUACAAGUGGCCCAACACUACGGCAUACCAUAUCCGCGACCAAUCUAUUACCCGACCGGCGCUUACCUCAGAAAACAGAAAUGA